GCGGCGCUGCCGGCGGUCGCCGAGCGCGGGGCGCGUCGCCCCCUGCCCCGCCUCUCCCCCUCCAAUCCGGCUGGAUCCUGUUGCGGCGCCGCUGGCGCUGCUGGGAUGGGGGGGGGCGGUUUCCCUGCGCAGCGCGGCGGUCGGGCGGGCGGCCGCAGCGCCUGGCGGUGAGGCACUCAGCGCGCAGCAGCAGCCGGGCGGGAGCCGCCGGCGCUUCGCCAUGCCGAAGAGAAAGGUGGCCGCCGGCGGCGCGGAGGCCGCUGAGGAGGUACCGAAGAGGCGAUCGGCGCGGCUGUCUGCCAAACCUGUUCCUGAUAAAGCAGAGCCCAAACCCAAGGCGUUGGCGGCCAAGGAUAAAUCUGAGAACAAGAAAGCUCAGUCAAAGGGGAAAAAGGGGCCUAAAGGAAAACAGACUGAAGAGACAAACCAAGAACAGAUAAAGGACAACUUGCCUGCAGAAAAUGGAGAAACUAAAAGUGAGGAGGAGAAAGCAAUAUUUCUCAUCUGUGGUCUAUUUAAUAUACUCGUUAAAGGAAAUGUAAAUCUAAGGAAUGGACGAUGAUUUGGGGAACGCAUCUUCAGACCCCAGCGUCUGAUGCAGUGGUAGAGAAAGAAGAAGCGAAGUCUGAAUAACAUCUGGUACCAAGUCUUUAAUUGGUGAUCCUUAUGCUUUUCUUCUUGUACAAUUCAGAGGAAUAUUUUUAUCAACUAUUUUGUAAAUGCAAGUUUUUUAGUAGUUCUAAAAAACAUGUUUUUAAAAGGAGAGAAUCCCAACUCAAUACAUUUUUUUACAUAUUUAGAUAAGUGUAAAUGAUUUUUUUAAGUGGUAAAAUCAUGUACUGGUUGUCUGUUUUCUAUGAAACCAGAAAUUAAAGGAAUGUUACAAAAUGGAGAGGCUUUUUGAAGUCUUAAUGAGGCUUCCCGUUCCACAGAUUGGGAGGAAGAGUUUUUCUAUUCUAUUAAAUGAAGCGUAACACAGGUUAGACGUCAGAAAUUGUAAUAUGUUGAGAACGUCUUAACAUUUCAGUUAUUUAUCUAUGGUUGUACCAUCAGUAGAAUUUCUUAUCUCAUGAACUUCUCCCUAGUGUUGGAUUACUUGCCGAGUGAUGUAUAUCUGUGACAAAGUUAUUUUUGGUAGGUGUAGUUUUAUUUUUUCCAACAACUUUGUAACUGCCAUGUAAAAGACUGAAAACUUUAAAUACUGAGUAGGUAAGUUUCUGAUUGAUAGACUGAGUGUCAGCUGAUACUUCACAUCUAGUUUUAAAGGAGAGCUGUCUACAAAGUCCAAAUGAAAAAUAUUUGAAAUAGGCUUAGAAAAAAAUAAAACUAUAGUUUUUAUAUUAAAAAGAAACUAUGUGAAUAAAAACAAUUGUAAAAUUGUAGUCUCUGUGAUCACCAAACAAAAGCCAAAUAAAUCUUGAUUAAGAAAGGA